AGCCGAUGUCAGUAGAGGCCAUGCCAGAAACCGUGAUACUGAACUCGGUGGAACCGGUGUCCCAUGAAGUCCCGAUAGAAGAGCCGUCGCCGCCCGAAGAGCCCGAGGUCAAGAUUGCCUUCCCCGAGGUCAAAUUCCCCACGCCUGAGAUCAAGGUCAUACAGGACGAGCAAAAGGUAAAAGAAGAAGUGAAAGAAAUAGAACCACCACCGCCGGAGCCCGAGGAGGCAGCAAACAAUGAAGACGCGGAGGAGGAAUCGCAGCCCGUCGACGUCGAAAGCGUGGAACCGCCCGAAGAGAUAGCCCCGCCCCCUGAAGAGCCAGAGGCCACGCCCCCCGUUACCGAAGCCCCGCCCCCCGCGGAAACCAUUCCGCUGCCCACAGAACCGCCAGUCGAAGAGUCGCAGGAAAGCAAGGAGGAAGAAACGGUCGCAGAACCGCCGCCGCCGCCGGAGCCAGAGGCCGAACAAAUCAUAGAAGAAGAAAUAGAAGUCUCAAGCAACGUAGAAGAACCCAUUCUAGAAGAAAUCAAGCAGGAACAAAGCACAGAAGAGAGUACCCAAGAAGAUGACAAGAAAGACGAAGAUGCUGAGGAUUCAAUACCAUUGAAAGAGAUGAUGCGCGAAGAGGCCGCAUCUGUCGCGCAAGAGAGAGAAAGAGACGCAGAGACAAAAACAGAGAGAGCAGAGACCGAAGAUACGCACACGGAAACCGAUGAUGAUACUCCGAUGGAGCUGAGUCGAGAAGAAGAAAAAGAUGGGAAGAAGAAAAGAGAUUAUUCGCGGAAGAAGAAGUCCGAUUCAAGAACAUGUUCCGGGUCGGAGAGCGCGGCAGAAGCGAGCGCGCCGGAUUCCCCGUCAGCAAGCGACGCCGAACGGCAGCAUCGGCUGUGGAAGAAGUCUGUCAUGCUGGUCUACAGCAGACUAUGUGCCCACAAGUAUGCUUCGCUAUUCUUGAGGCCCAUCAGCGAUGAGGAGGCGCCCGGUUAUAGUACCGUCGUCAAGAGGCCCAUGGACCUUACAGCUAUUCGAAGGAACAUUGAGAAUGGCGUCAUCAGAACGACGGCGGAGUUCCAACGCGACGUGCUUCUGAUGCUGUCCAAUGCGCUCAUGUAUAACAGCAGCGAACACAGCGUGUAUUGCAUGGCCAAGGAGAUGCACGAAGAGGCUGCAGGCCAGCUGGGCAUGUUGUUGGCGGCGCAGGCACACGCGGGCCUGAGCGCCGCGCCGCUCGCUCGCCGCAAGCGCCGCCGCGAACAUUCGCCGCACGCGCCGCACAAGCGACACUAGCGGAGAAUAGCUUAGCGUAUAACUGAGACUUGCUAUAUUGUAACGUGACGUAACAGCGUCACGACAUUUGACAUAACUUUUAAGAAUAAACUAAUUUGAAAUGAA